AUGGUUGAAGAAACUGAAGAUGACUAUAAACGUAAUGUCAGAAAUUGCCUGGCCGGCACCAUAGAAGGUUUUACCUUUGACUUUGUUAUUCAAGCAGAAGACCCUAGUGUUGCAAAGUUUAGUUGGAGGAAAUUAUUUGAUGAUUCGACAUUGAUGGCUCAUGGCUCUGUUCCAGUUCAUCUUGAUGACAACCAGGAGUCUAAAGACAAUUUAAUUGACUUUUUGUUGAGGGAGAACAAAGAACUAAGGGAUGUUAUUGAAGUUUACAUGAGGAGAAAUGAUGCACUGACUGACAACCUGGAAAAAUGCAAAGAAGAGCUGGAGGAAUUUGUGAACAUGAAGACUUCCCUAGAAACAAGUCUGUAUGGUAAAUUUAUACAGUUACUCAAUGAAAAAAAGAGGAGGAUUCGGCUACUUGAAGAGAAUAUACAGAAAUUCGAAUAA